AUGAAGAUUGUAAUGGAGUUCCGUUACAUAGUUUUUGAUAGUCAUCAAAUUCACAGUUCAUUACGCGCUUUUUUUAGACACAAACGGCUAAGAUUUCGGAAGUUCUCACACACACUGAUCAUGCUGCGACUUUUGUGUAUGAAUGAUUUUAUUUACAUUCUCUCUCUAACGUCUCCCUUUCUCUCUCUCCCUCUCUCAAUCGCGAAGACUGCUUCGGAGAAGCCCCACGUUUGUUUGCACAUUUAUUGGGCGCUUCUAUACCCAAUUUUCUCUCGGAGUAGCUUCUGUAGAAAUGCUCUGCAAUUCGAAGAUUGCAAUCUAGGAAUAAGAAAGGAACAGAGAGAGAGGUAUAAGUUUAUUGAGUUUUGAACAUUUUUUGUUUGUUUUUCUUGUUUUUGUUGCAAUUUUGGUUAUCUGGGUUUACUGCGUUUCGGCAUUGUAGUUUUGGGUUGCAGAGUUUAUUUCUGAAUCUGGGUAUUACAAGAACUAGUUUAGGAAUUUAGGGUUUGCUCAAUUUCAAUUUUGUUGAUCCAUUUUUGUCCAAAAUCCUGGAAUUGGUGUCUGGGUUUUGCUUACAUUAGGGUUUUGUCAGUUGGGUAUUGGAUGUUUUGGGUUGCAAAAUUUUAGUUUUGAAUGUUGAUGUUGCUGGAAUCAGUUUAGGGAUUUAGGCUUUGUUGAUCCUUAUUUUUUUUGUUGUUCAAAAUCUUGCAAUUGGUGACUGGGUUUUGCUCACAUUUGGAUUUUCUUAGCUGGCUUGUGCUUGGUUAGUAUAAGAUUGUUUCAUCCUCAGUGAAAUUUAAAGCUUUUCUCUGGUAUUUUUGGAGAAUUUUGGUGCUUAUAGUAAACUGGUUUUGGAUAAUUCGACAAUGGAAUGAAGUUGCGUCGUAUGUUUUAAAAAGCGUGGAUAUUUGGGCUUGUUAAAUGUGCAACUUUCUAAGAUGGAUUUAUAAGGAAAGUUUCUUAACGAAUGGAUUCAUCACCGCCUGCUCCAAACUCUUCACCACCUCCUCUUGAGACACCGACUCCUACAACCCCUUCUGGUUCUUCAGCUCCACCUCAGUCUCCUCCACCAGCAUCUCAAUCUCCGCCACCAGCAAAUGAGACAAAUGCUUCACCUCCUCCAUCUCCUCCGAAAUCACCACCACCUUCUCCUCCAGCAUCUCCCCCGCCUUCAGCUCCUGCUUCCCCUCCUCCAGCGCAGAAUUCGCCCCCUCCAACUUUGUCCCCACCACCGCCUCCUCCCCAAGCCUCCCCAAAUGUGACUAACCCACCUCCUAAUGUUACUUCACCUUCUCCGCCACCUGCACGAGUCCAAUCACCUCCUUCCAACAGUUCUUCACCUCCCCCACUUGCAAAGCCACAGGAAGGGUCUCCUCCUCCAGGUCCUGAGUUAACACCUUCUCCUCCAUCUACUUCUCCGCCCUCAACAAGUACCCCCCCAGGUCCUCCAUUGUCUCGUCCUCCUCCCCGCUCAUCAUGGUCACCACCUCCUCCCCAAUCAUCAUGGUCACCUCCAUUUCUCUCUCCUCCUGUUCCUCGAAGUAAUUCAUCAGUCACUACAACUCCCCCUACCUCAUCAUUAUCCCCUUUUCCAACAGAGGAACCAACUGCAGAAUCAACUAUACCUGGUUCAGAUACAACAUCAGAUGCCUCAUCCCCAGAUACUGGGGGGGUUAUGUCCGGACUGGCUAUUGGCACUGUAGCUGGGGUUUUGGCCCUUAGUCUUGUCAUUAUGGCUGUGUGGUUUACACGGAGACGAAAGAAAAGCCAGACUGGAUGCGGUGGUGACUAUAUUAUGCCUUCUCCAUUUGGUUCCUCCCAAAAAUCAGAUUCAUUUUUUAUGAAGCGCCGAAAGUCACCUCAUCUAGCUAGAAAUGCUUCAUGUUUCACUUAUGAAGAAUUAGCUGAGGCUACAAAUGGGUUUUCAGCACAAAAUCUUUUAGGUGAAGGCGGGUUUGGUUGUGUUUACAAAGGAAUCCUAGUCGAUGGAAGAGAAGUUGCUGUUAAACAGCUAAAGAUUGACGGUGGACAGGGGGGACGUGAGUUCAGAGCAGAAGUUGAGAUUAUCAGCCGAGUACACCAUCGCCAUUUGGUCUCACUUGUGGGUUACUGUAUAUCUAAGCAUCAAAGAUUGCUUGUCUAUGACUACGUCCCAAAUAACACCCUUCAUUAUCAUCUCCAUGGUGAAGGUAGGCCAGUUAUGGAUUGGGUAACUCGGGUAAAAGUUGCUGCUGGUGCAGCUCAUGGAAUAGCUUACCUGCAUGAAGACUGUCAUCCCCGGAUUAUUCACAGGGAUAUUAAGUCAUCAAACAUACUCUUAGAUAACAACUUUGAAGCUCGGGUUGCAGAUUUUGGGCUUGCAAAGUUAGCACUGGAUGCAAAUACACAUGUGACGACACGUGUGGUUGGAACCUUCGGAUACAUGGCACCGGAGUAUGCAUUAAGUGGCAAGUUGACUGAAAAAUCUGAUGUAUUUUCAUUUGGUGUUGUGCUUCUGGAGCUCAUUACCGGUCGUAAACCUGUGGAUGCAUCUCUGCCAUUUGGUGAGGAGAGCCUGGUUGAAUGGGCUCGACCAUUGCUAAUUCAGGCACUUGAUAAUCAACACUUCGAAGAGCUUGUAGAUCCAAGGCUGGAAAAGAAUUUCGUUGAAAAUGAGUUGCUCCGAAUGAUUGAAGCCGCUGCAUCUUGCGUUCGCCAUCUAUCUUCAAAGAGACCGCGAAUGAGUCAGGUGGUGAGAGCUUUAUAUUCCUUAGUCCAGUUGUCAGAUAUAACGAAUGGAAUGAAACCUGGACAAAGCGAAGUCUGGCAACAAUCAACGGAAAUCAGAAUGUUUCGGAGGAUGGCAUUUGGAAGUAAAGACUGGAGUACAGAUUUUUUCAGUGAGUCUAAGAAGAAAGUGAAUAGUUAAGAAUGCAGCAACCGGCACAUAUAGGAAAUCACAAGUUCAUAAUGGAUACAACAAUAGACCACAGUGUGGAAACAUUGUGUUUACUUGCAGGCAAACAAGCAAUGUGCCUGGAAAAGCUAGGAAGUUCCGUCAUAUACUUGGAAGCAGCAAUUUGAAAGGCACCCAAAACAGAAAAAGAACUUGUUCGAAACAGUGCCGACUUCUCUUGAUCACAAGCAUCAUGAAUUGAAUAUUAUGUAAUUAAGUCCCUUUGCGCAUCUCAUGUAAAAUCUUAAGCAUUUUUCCGUGUAAUUUUGUUGUAUCGAUUGGUUAGCAUGAUUUGCUUGUAAGGAUACAGUUCCCUUCUUCUGUAUUCUCUGUAUAUUGAGAUUCAUCAGUUUAUCCUCUCACCGCAUUUAUUCUCAUGUUAUAAGAUUUCAGUUGUUUAAUCUUAAUACAUAAAUUUCCCUUUUACUUCAAAUAA